AUGGGCGUCGAUGCCGCCGAGCUCAGCAGGCUGAAACGCGCCAUGAAGAAGAUGGGUAAAGUGUUCGGCAAGGCCAAGGCUCGUCGCAAUAUUGCUGGUGCCAUCGAAGACAUCAAGAAGCAUCUCGAGGAGGUAGCCGAAAGGCGUCAAAAGUACAAACUUGAUGACAUUAUGUGCAAGCCACUCGCAACAACGUCAACUAUUGAUCCUCGCCUUAAAGCUAUGCAACUUAUUGGCGUCGACAAGUCAAGGGAUGAGCUCGUAUCCAUGCUGAUGACGUUGCAACCAGAUGAUGGUACCUCGAACCAGGAGAUGAGAAGCUUAAGUCACAUUUCCAUGGAUAUUCUCUUUCAUCUUGAUGGUGAAAAGCAUAAGGACAUUCACAACACUCGAAGAGGCCUCGAGCUCCUCAUUCACCAACUUCGAGAAUUCCUGAAGAAAAAGAGAAGGUCAAACUUUACUAACCAAUGGUUCUUCCACUUUGGUGUGGAUAUGUAUUUUAUUGUUUUUGAUGAUGUAUGGGAGGUACGCACUUGGGAAGCAAUCGAACCAGCGCUGGUUGAGAAUAAUCUUGGAAGUAAAGUAAUCACAACUACUCGUAAUUUUGAUGUUGCCAAAGCAUCUGGUAAGGUUUACAAGCUAAAGCCACUUUCCUAUGAUGACUCCAUGAAAUUAUUUUAUACAAGGUUAUCUGGUGCAGACCGAAAGUUCCAUGAAAUUUCUGAGAAAAUUCUAAAGAAAUGUGCUGGUAUACCAUUAGCAAUCAUCACAAUGACUAGUUUGUUGGCUGGUAAACCAGAGUGUGAUUGGUCAAUGGUCUACAACUCUAUUGGUUUGGACACUGGAGGCAAUACGGAAGCUGAAGAUACUAUGACAAUACUCUCAUUUAGCUACUAUGAUCUCCCUCCAGAUUUGAGGACAUGCUUACUAUAUCUAAGUACAUAUCCAGAAGAAUACGAGAUCAAAAAGGAUUCUUUGAUAUGGAAAUGGAUAGCCGAAGGAUUUAUCAAUCCAGAUCGAGGAAAAACAUUAUUUGAGCUUGGAGAAAGAUACUUCAAUGAUCUCAUUAAUAGAAGCUUGCUGAUCAAGGUGAUAAUAUUGAAGCAACGGCUGGACGAAGCAGCAACGUUCCCAGGCAUGGGCGCGGCCACCUGGCCGCUGCAGGCGCACGCGGGCUUAGUCGGCCGCCAACGUCCCUGGAGCCACAGAUCCGGCCGCGGCCACUACAUGCUGGCGCGGGACGCGGGCACGGUCCCGUCGGCCAUGAGCCAGGCGCGGGUGGGACCCAGGCUAGACCAAUCUGUUUACGGAUGA